AUGCGCGAUGCUGAUAUCGAAGAUUUGGAUCCAGCAAAUACUUUGCUCACGAAGCUGCACGAGCUGCGCAAGACACCGCGCAAGUCAUCGCACACGAUGACUGAGAGCAUCAAGAAGAAGGUUGAAAGCCAGCUCGCAGCAACACCAUCCAGCCCUUGCUUAUCCACGGCUACCCAGGACUCUGGAAUCAACUCCCGAGAAUCGACGCACAGCUUGACGCCACGCGACGGCUCUUUGGAUGAGUCCUGUUCUCCGGUGUUUGAGGCUGAAAAGAAGGCUUGGCUCACUGACAAAGAAAUCGGUGCGGCUGCGGAGCCGGGCAAGGAGCGAGAGCUUCAGCGCUGGGCCGUGCCUGGAGAUUGCGAUGGAACCCUGGAGGAGCUCUCUGCUGCAGGACACUGGGACCAGUUCAAAGCAAAUGCAGAGCUCUUUGGAUAUGUUUCGACCUUCAAGGAAGACCUCUCCCAGUACUCGACGAUCAUCGACGUUGCCAAGGUACCGGCGCAUGCUCGCAAGAAGGCCGAACGAUUGGCCAGGGAGAUUGAGGUGCGUCAGAGUGUUCGAGGCAAUGCUGCUGAUGAAGAACUUGCCGGACGAGAUGAAGAAACUUUGUUCUCGGCGGUGUCGCAGGGCUACACAGACCUGCGAGAUGAUCCAAGCAAGGGCCGAGGAAAAAGAAGUGGCAGUCAGGGCAAGGCCUGUGACGGCAAAGUACAAGAGUCAGACGAGACCGUGCAGGGGACAGAAGCACAGAUGAAGGUAGCAGGGUCUUUCUUUCAUGUGGACGGCGUUGGGCUUCUGGAUGAGAAUCUCGUGCGCUCGAAUCCAUGGGUUCUGGACCAAAGCUCCGCAAGGGCCAUGCAAAUGUCUCACGCAUCGGCAGCCUUGCUGAGCACGCAGCCGCAAAACGUUGCAGCUCCAGCAGACGCCUGUUCAGCGUCUCCAGUGCUCAGCACGGCCCCCGUUUGUGGCCCGCAUCUGUCCUUUGCCAGAGUGCCACAGGUCUUGCCGGCAGGUGCUGGUGUCGUCAUUGAUGGCUUGAUGACAUCUGCUCAUUUUAAUGGCCUGCAUGGCAUCAUCGAAUCCUAUGACGCGGAGACCAACCGCUACAACGUGCAGUUGCCGUUGGUGGAUAACUUUGGUGCCUCCCAGAUAGCCAAGAUCAGGCCUGAGAAUCUGAAGCUCUAUCCGACUCCCCAGUGCUAG